AUGGAGCCUCCUUCGAAGAAUCGCAUCCGCAAAACCCCGCCGGUCUCCGCCGCAGCUCCCCGGAAAAGGCGCAAGAGGACGGUCGUGAGUCAAGCCGCAGAUGAUUGCUUUUCUUGCGCCCGACAGGGUACCCCAUGCGACCGGCGACGCCCGUAUUGCUCUCAGUGCUUGGAUAGCGGCCGCAGUUGCGCAGGAUACAAGACGGCGUUGACGUGGGGAGUAGGAGUUGCCAGUCGGGGAAAGCUCCGCGGAUUAUCUCUCCCCGUGACUGGGGCGCAGCCCGCCGUCGCUCCCUCAAAGCCUCAUCGUGUGACGGGGCCACGACCCGGGUCCAAAUCGAAACAGGGGUCGGAUUCAGCCGCAGAAAAGUCCCGGCUUCACGACAAGCAGCGUUGUUCUGUAAGUGGGCGUGCAGCAAAUACGGCCUCCAACACGAGUGCACCUACUUCACAGGUCCGGCUGUGCUCUCCCACUGAUUCUUUUUUGGCUCGCCCAAGAAGAUCGGAGUCGUUGACACAGCGCCAUUCUGCAGCGACUGUCUCAAAUACUCAGAGCACAGAAACAUGGAUGAGACCAGUACAAUCACCGCAAACGACGCAGUGUUCGUGGCAUGGACAAAGAUUAGAGCAGGAAGUGGAUAGCGUGUUUGAUGAGCAGACCGAAGCAGUAUGUCCAGAGGGCAUUGCUCCGUGGACGACUUCUUUUCAGCCGCCAUCGUUGUUUCAGCAGCUUCUGGCGCGUUCUGUGGGGCGUACACCACGCCUGCGGUAUCUGAUCAGCUAUUAUGCCGAAGUCAUUGCCCCAAUGAUCGUGGCUUUUGAUAGUCCGACCAACCCUUUCCGGACAUAUAUCCUUCGCUUGGCGGAGGAGAGUACAUCCCUCCAGGAGGCCAUCGCAACACUAGCCAGCUGUAACUUGCGACAGCGACGUCAACGGGGAACGAGGUCAACGGAGCGGACUUUGCCAGCGCGCAUGUCGUCCCUGGCCCAUCAAGCCUUGACUGUUGAAGCCUUUCAAGAUCGCUCCGGUCUCCCUGUUUCUGGGGGCCCUACUCUAGAGGAGCAAUAUCAUCGGGGAAUGGCAGUCACAGCCCUGAAUAGGGAAUUGGCGGACUCGCGCCAGAGGCUCUCCGAUUCGGUCCUUGCCACCUUACUCAUCCUCUGCUUAUUCCACGGCUGUGAUACCGGAGUCGCGCAGUUCAAGACGCAGUUUGCCGGGGUGACCAAGUUGCUGGCCAUCCGACUGUGCAACUCGCCUUGUAUGUCGGACGAACUAAAGUGGUUUGUUCGCAUGUUUACUUGGAUUGAUACGAUGACGGCCACCACCAAUGACCGCGAGGUACAGCUUCGUGGCGCUUGCUUGGACAUUACUGCCGUCUCGGAUGGCGAAUGGGGUCUUGAGAAUCUGGCGGGAUGCGAUGCCGGCCUGUUCAGAUUUGUGGCGCAGCUAGGUCGUUUGAAUCUCUUGAGUCAGAACCAAGAGGUCCGCACAACGUCGCCACCGGACAUUCAGAUGCCAUCGACUACCCUUCCGCCUUCGAUGGCAUAUUGCCCGUCGGACAUGUCGGGCACCUCUUACGGACCUAGUGGGUUUCCAUUGCCACCAGCGCCUUGUCAUCAUGAUGGAUCACAAUUGUCACCGGCAUUCUGGGCCGAAUGGCAUUCGCUCCGACAGAAGCUGGAGUCCUGGAGGUUUGUUCCCUACCGCCAGCGAUCGGGAUCCUCAUUCGGUACGACCAGUCACCCCUACAUCUCGCCACCAUCAUCACCAUCGGAUCAGUCGGCGGUCGCGCCUCACAAUCUGAAAGACGUCAUCCACACCUCUGAGUCAUUCCGUCAUGCGGCGAUCCUUUACAGUGAGCGACUCGCCUAUCCUGAUCUGCCGUCCGGUCACCCUCGUAUCCAGACCAUUGUGCAACGCACAAUGAGUCACAUUCUCUCCGUCCAAUGCGACGCGUAUCUACUGUGGCCGCUGUUCAUCACGGGGUCCGAGUGCGUGCUUGCGGACCACCGCGCCAUUAUCCGACAGCGCUGUAAAGACCUAUCCAGGGACUCUGGGUUCUUCAAUAACCUCUCGUGUUUGGAGCUACUGGAGAGGAUCUGGGCAGAGAAUCCUGGCACAUCACUGGCUCCGGGUCUGCACGCAGCCGUUGGUCCUGUUAGCGAGGCUGGAUUGGUUCCGCCGGGAGGCUGGGCCCUCCCAGAUGAGGCUUUUAUGUCUCCAGCACCGGCCACUGUUUCGCGGAAGCAGGGAUUCCGGUGGCACGACGCCAUGCAAACCAAACGAGCAGAGGGCGAAUAUAUGACUGUAUGA